GCUUUUGCAGGAAUUUAGAGAAAAUGAAUAGGGUGUGUGUCUAUGUCAUACUGAGCAACAAAACAGAAAUACUAGUGCCAGUCUGCUGUGGAGACUAAAGUUGAGAUUUUCUGUGAUACUGACUUUAUCUAAAGCCUGAAGAGAAUGGACAGGAUUUACUUCAAAUCACAUGCAGGUUGAGGUCCUUCCUGUGAACAUGUAGAGGGGUUCUUGCAGUAGAAGCUUUUCACAGAUAUAACAGAUCUGCUGGUCAAUUUGAUAUGGAGUUCAGAACUGCAUGUGUGCAUUUUAGUAAUUCAUUACCCAGGAUGCAUAUGAUUUAGCAGUUAAAACAAGGACAGAUGGUAUUCACGUGAUGGUAAAAUCCAAUCAAACAAAGCCUAGAAUAUGUACACAGUAGUUGAGGUACCUCAUAUCUUGGACAAGUUUCUCAGCUGACAGAAGGUACCAUAUUUGUGGCCUGCUGAGAAAGAAUGAGGAUCCACCCCUCCAGAGUAAUAAGGGCUCUGCUCUCUGCAACAGUUGUCCUUUUUAUAAUAUUUAAUGUUCAUCUCUUUGUGUAUCAGCAUACACAUCCCAUGGAUGGAGCAGAUACCUUGCAGGGUGGUCAACGUGCCACAUUUUCUCAAGAAAUCCGCUCUGUGGUCAAGGCUCAAAAUGCAUUAACUGGAGACAAAUUGAGCAACCAAAGGACUAAUGUCUCAGACAUUGCUAAUAUUAAGGGAAUGGUAACAAACAAAGCCAACAAGAAAAUAGAACACACUUGGGAAGAUAUAGAUGAAAGCAACAAAACAGCUAUUAAACUUGCAAUGGACAGAGUCAACCAGGAAGAACUUGUUUACAAUUUAGACAAAUUCAAGCUACAGUUCACCCCAAACAGUGUUGUAAUUGUCGUGCAGGUUCAUGACAGGAUACAGUAUUUGAAAUUUCUCCUGCGUUCUUUAAGUGAAGCCUAUGAUAUACAUAAGGCUUUGCUGAUUAUCAGCCAUGAUUUCCUGAGCAAUGAAUUGAACAGAGUUGUACAGAGUAUAGAUUUCUGCCCUGUGGUGCAGAUCUACUACCCCUAUUCCAUGCAGGUCUUCCCAGAUGUGUUCCCAGGAAAGGAUCCCAAAGACUGCCCUAGGGAUAUAAAGAAGGAAAAGGCCAGAGAAAUUAAGUGCAAUAAUGCUGACCAUCCAGACAAGUAUGGUCAUUACAGGGAGGCCAAGUAUGCACAGACUAAGCACCAUUGGUUCUGGAAGAUUAACUAUGUGUUCGAUGAGCUUUCACUUACAAAGGGCUUUGAUGGCUUAGUCUUACUAUUGGAGGAAGACCAUUACGUAGCUCCUGACUUCCUACAUUCCCUCAGUCAUAUGAAAAACAUUAGAGAUGAGAGUCAAAAGUCUGUGGGUAUUCUUACCCUGGGUACCUAUGACAAGAAGCCCACCUAUGGUCCCCAGUCCAGGCAGGGUUUGAUAGUCUUCCUGAAGGAGUUAUUUGGUUAUGCAAAACCUGAACAUCUUCAAGAUGUUGAUAUAACAGAAUGGAUUUCAUCCAAACACAACAUGGGAAUGGCUAUGGACAGGAAUUGGUGGGAAAUUAUCAGAAAAUGUGCUCAGGUAUUUUGUAAAUUUGAUGAUUACAAUUGGGACUGGAGUUUACAGUAUGUAAGUUCUACCUGUAUAGCUGGAGGACUGAAAGUGAUGUUAAUGAAGGGGCCAAGAGUGUUCCAUAUAGGAGAAUGUGGUGUUCACCACAAGGGUAAAAACUGUGAUCCUCAUGCCAAGGUGCAGCAGAUCAGUAGCAUGCUGGCAGCCAACAGACAGCACCUGUUUCCAGAUAAACUACAAGUAUCCCAUGUCAUAAAUAAAAAAUCUAAGUCACCAAAGGGAAAUGGAGGUUGGGGAGACAUAAGGGACCAUGAAUUAUGUUUAAGUUUCCUAGAGCAUCAAAAGCCAACAAAAACAACAAGGUAGCAUACUUUGACUAGGGAUCCAAAUGUAUGGUGUCAAGGCCUCCAUAGGAACAUAUGUAUCGUGAUCCAGUUGCCAGUAGAAGAUGGAUGAUGAAGGAGAUAGUGUAUUAGCUCAAAUUAUCACUAAAGAGGGGAGGGCAGUGAGUAUAAAAAGGAUCUGAAUAAGCAGUGUCAUUAACUUGGAGUAGUAGCAGUAGAAGUUGUCACUGUAUUUCCUUAGGUGAAUGUAAAUGCUUGGUGGAUACAGAUUACGUGAGCUCAAUAGGUUAUGAGCAUGUUUGACAACCAAUUUCUGUAGGCUUUCUCUGGAUUAUGCAAGUUUUACCUAGCUAUAACUUUUACUGAACAAUGAACAUGUUACAUUCUUGAUAUCUUGAUAAUGGGUAAAUAGUACAGUGGAUUCAAAACAUUACUCGGGAGGUUGAAAACGUACAGUAGACUUUGCCUGCCACUUUGAAAGGAGAGAAGGACUCCAUCUAUUGUAC